CUUAGUGGUCGUUGGGGUAUUGCCCUUUUAUCAUUGUUAAGACUAUCUCUUUUCUAGAUAACACUACAAGAUAUACAGGGAGAAUUUGCAGCAUAGAAAGAGUGGUAAGGAAAAGAUAAAAUAUGGCUGCAGCUACAAUGGCUUCUUCUAUGGCUUCUGCUACAAUGCUGUCAUCACCGCCCAGUUCAAACUCUGCUGCGUGUUUAUCAUCUCGUUCUCCCUCGCUUGUGAGGAUGCAGAGCAAUGUUAAGCCCCCCAUGGUUUCUGCCAGGUUUAAGGUGCUUGCUGCAAAGAAGGAAUCUGCUGCUCCUCCUCCUCCUCCUCCUCCUCCUCCCCCUCCUGCUGCUAAGGAAGAAGCUCCAGUGGCUAAGCCCCCUCCAAUUGGACCCAAGCGUGGAUCCAAGGUGAAAGUUUUGAGACGCGAAUCCUACUGGUAUAAUGGUGUGGGUUCAGUUGUGGCAGUGGAUCAGGAUCCUUCAUCUCGAUAUCCAGUGGUGGUUAGAUUUGAAAAAGUAAAUUAUGCAAAUGUAUCAACUAACAAUUUCGCACUUGAUGAAAUUGUCGAGCUGAAAUAAAAUCUUGGUUUCUUCCAUUAUUCCAAAACUUUAGAUUUUGGUGUAUUUUAAAUUGUAGAUUCUAUAUUAAGAGCUAUACAAAUGUAUCCUUUGUAUUAUACAUUGCAAUCUCAAUAGAUUCUUAAUUCCCUUUA